UGUACUGCAGGGAGCUGACAGGAGCCUCUCCCGCUUAACAAUUUCACGUGGAAAUAUUUCCAUAAUGACAUUUUCGAUUUGAAUUUUGUUUCCUCGACGCGUUUAUAAAGGCACGGUUAAAUGCAGUGCACUGAUUUAAGGGAUAAUCCUCUUAAAAGACUGCUGUUUACUUAGUCCUUACCAUGGCGACGGUUGUGAUGGAGCAGAUUGGGCGCCUGUUUAUCAAUGCACAGCAGCUUCGUCAGAUCCCCCAUUUCCUGGAGUCUGCCUUUCCUACUUUGCCUUGUACUGUGAUGGUCAGUGAUGUGCCAUGGGUAUUCCGCGAGUCACACAUUUUCACAGGCUACAGGCCACCAGAUCAGAGCUGGCGCUACUACUUCCUAACUCUGUUCCAGAGGCAUAACGAGUCUUUAAAUGUGUGGACACACCUGUUGGCCUCCCUCAUUAUUUUAGUCAAGUUUCAGGAGCUAUCUGAAACUGUGGACUUCCUGCGUGACCCUCACGCCCAGCCGCUUUUUAUCUUGCUCCUAGCCGCAUUUACCUACCUGGCCUGUAGCGCACUGGCCCACCUACUCUCAGCCAAAUCUGAGCUCUCCCACUACACUUUCUAUUUCUUGGACUAUGUGGGCGUAGCUGUAUAUCAGUAUGGCAGUGCCCUGGCCCAUUUCUACUAUGUUGUUGAUGAAGAAUGGCACUCUCUAGUGCAAAGUUUAUUCUUGCCAGCUGCAGGCUUCUUGGCUUGGCUGUCUUGCACAGGCUGCUGCUACGGCAAGUACGCCAGCCCCAGCAUGCCUAAGUUUGUUCACAAGCUAUUCCAGGUGGUGCCUUCGGGCCUGGCCUACUGUUUAGAUAUCAGUCCAGUGUUCCAUCGCAUCUAUAAAUGCUACAGCUCCGAGCAGGGCUGUGCAGACCAGGCGGUGAUCUACCACUGCUAUCAGGUCCUUUUCUUUUUGAUUAGUGCCUACUUCUUCUCGUACCCUCACCCGGAGCGCUGGUUCCCUGGAUGUUGCGACUUCAUCGGACAGGGCCAUCAGAUCUUCCAUGUGUUCCUCGUGCUCUGCACUCUAGUGCAGAUCGAAGCAGUCCGAUUGGAUUAUAGCGAGAGAAGACCUCUCUACGAACGUCUCCAUGGUGACUCACUGGCUCACGACGCAGUGGCUCUGUUUAUCUUCACAGCAUGUUGCAGUGCACUCACUGCCUUCUAUGUGCGCAAACGGGUGAAGGCAUUUCUAGAAGAAAAGCAAGAGUAGAAGUUUUGGCAAGAUACGGGUCUGGGACAAGAUAACCAUGCUUGCACAUGUGGGAAAGAUUGCACUGGUCUACAACUGAAAUGACUAAUAGAAUGCAAAAGACCUACUUCCUAUUUUGGGUUUAUUUGUUAUUCAUGAUUUUGUUCUGUGGCCUGCCAGUGCUGAUUACCAAACUGGUGACAUGCUUUAAAACUGCAUUACACAGAAAGUAACUCUAAAAAAUGGAUUGCCUGCUGAAAGGUUUUGUGCUCAUCUCUUAAGCUAAUCUUAUUGAUGACUGCCAUUACACCCCAUUUAACACAGCAUUUAUGUGUCAUCUAUGAGGGGGUAUUCACCUUAUUGCUGAUAUGUUAUUUUGCAUACAGGAACCAUUGUAGAUAGUUUAGGUGGAUCAACACUGGAUUUAUACAUACUUGCAUUGUGCCUCUAAAUCUGACCCCAUCUAGGUGCAUAAAUGCUCGAGUGCAGUAUGCUACUCUUAAAUCAAUGUUACACAUCAGUAAACAAAAUGCCAUCAGAACAUUGCAUACCAGUAUGGCAACGUAACACAUUUGGAUGUCAAUGUUAAACACACAGGUCUAUUAGAUCAUGAAUAAAAAAAUAAAUGCAACCUGCGUACAGGAAAUCAAUUUGAAAGAUGGGCUGAUUAUUAUUAAAAUGUUUUUCUUAUCCCCCUCUACAGUGCUUUUUAGAUUAUACAUAGAUUACCCUCAAUAUACUAAUGCAAAUCAGUGUCAAAAUGACUUCUGUCUUGCCUUACAAUGUGUCCUACCUAUCCAGUGUCCCUUUGAGGUCAGUUUAUUUGGUUGUGCUAUUGUGAAAUGCAAUCGAUGGGUAUUUUAUGAGUAUCAGUCAUGCACUGCCAGUGGACAUUCCCUGACAUUUUUAAGUUGUCCACCCAGAGCUGAAAUACCAGAGGAUGAUAUGUUGUUAAUAUAAAAGUAGGCAGGAUGUGACAUCAUGGCCUUGCAGUAUAGUCAGAUUUACGAAAUUUGAGUUUAUAUAAAUAGUUCACUGGAAAAUUUUAAUUCUCUCAUCAUUUAUUCACUGGUUGUGUAUGAUAUUCUUUAUUCUACUGUACACAAAGAAAAUCUCAGCUCUGUAGGUCCAUGCAAUGCAAAUGAAUGGUGACCAAAACAGAGCUCUAAAAAGCACAUGAAUACAGCAUAAAUGUAAUCCAUACGACUCCAGUUGUUUAAUCCAUGUCUUCUGGAGUGAUCUAGUUGGUGUUGGGUGAGAACAGAUCAAAAUGUAACAAAUUUUCACCAUAAAUGUUGACAUCAGCAGUCUCCUUGGCGAUCAUGAUUAAAGCUCGACUACACUUCCUAACACCAUCUAGCGCUCUUUGCAUGCGACAAGAACUAGGAAGUGUAAUCAAGCUUAAAAUCAUGAUCGUGCCUAGAGACUGCAAUGACAAGAUGUGCAGUGAAAACACAAGUUAUAUUUCGGUCUGUUCUCACCCAAAAUUGCUUAGAUUGCUUAGGAGGAUGUGGAUUAAACCACAAUGAUUACUUUUAUGCUGCCUUUGUGUUUUUUUUUUGAGCUUCUAAGUUUUGGUCACCAAUCACUUUGUAUAGACCUGAUUUGAGAAAUUUGAUGGUGGUUAAAUAUUGAGUGAAUUUUUGGGUGAACCAGAGAUUUGUGUUAUUAAUUUAACACAAAAAAGAGCACUUGUUCUACUAGUCAUUAAGAUUUUCAAAUAUAUUAGAAAGUUGUUUUGUUUUGUUUAAUGUAACAUUAAAGUGACCGCCAAAGAGGCUUUUGAGAAACAAUGAAUAUGCCCACCAUAGAUAUGAUUUUUCCUUUUGUCAUGAAUAUGAUCCUUUUGCACACAAGCGCUAAACCUAUGGCCUUUACCUUUACUCAUACCCGAUGUGAAUGCCUUUGUGUGUUUUGUGCAUAUGAGGAGUUAUCUAUUGGCGGUUCAGCACUUUAUUUACAAAAACAGUCUGAGCAUCAAAACAUAUCUGUUUUAAAUGUAGAUUCUAAUGUGCCUGACUACAUGCAUGCAUCCCUGUGUGUGAGUAUGCAAACAGGUGCUUGUUAGUGUGUGUUCUCAUUUUUGAAUGUAUUUGUAUAACUAUGUAGGAUGGUUACUUGUGAGAAAGGAUAUGAAGGCUCUGUCUUAUAGUCUGACCCUGUUUAGCUUUUUAAUUAGCAUGAAAUUUGUGUAGCCCCCCUUUUCUUUCUCCUGCCAAUGAACAAAUUUAACAUGCCGAUCCAUUAGAUCGAAGGUGGAAGAUAAGCUAUUAUCUUCUUGAAAUUAUCUGUAUUCUCUCGAGAUAUUGUGCCACCAGAAUUUAGCUCCAUUAAAUGGUAAAUGUUCUGUGCAAUGUAGUGGAAAAGCUGGUUUAUGAUCCGGUUGAUCCCAUUGUUCUGGAACAGAAAAACAUAAAUUGCCAUGUAUGAGUCAUUUGAGAAGUAGCAUAAAAGCGAAGUCAUCACUAAUGGUGACCUGUAUUUAUUUUUGCAACCAGUACCACAUUGGGCAGUAUAAGCCAGUUUAAACCGCACCAGCACACAACAAUGAUGUCACAGAUACAUAAGCUCACAGACAGAAAUAUGAUGUCAUGAAAGGACUGGAAACAAAGUGAUUUACAUGUUAGAAAAGGAUCUCACUGUAGAUGCUUUAUUUAAAGAAAAACCAUAGCAAAAUAUAAAUUGUGAUUUCUGUAGACUGUGACAUUGAUAUUUAUUAUGACAUGAGAAAUUAAUGGUAUUCAGCAGUAACGAAUGGAAUUUCUGCUGUACCAGCCAAUAUGUGUAGGAAGAAAAGGACCACCAACCCUCUCAUAGUAGAGCAAAUGGGGCUGAUAAGAGCUGAUGUCACAAGUAAGAAAAACAACACAUGAGGUCAUCUCCUUGCAUAGCCAGUAUUUGAUCUAAAGCCUCCGUUUCUGUAUUGCUCAAGUGGAAAUUCAAGAAACUCUGUAAACUACUAAUUCUAAACUGUUAACGGUUAUCUGUUUCUUUAGUUCUGUACUAAUCUACUCACCUCAAAGACACUUAAAGAAUCUGAAUAGACCUUUUUAUCUAACCUUUCUAUUUUAAACUCCACCAUGAUUAGAGUUUGGUUUAGGGAUUGUUUCAUUUGUAUUGCACUUAAGUAAAGAGGAAGGAUUGCUCAAAGUAUGUUUAGAACCUCUUGUCAGCCAGCAAUGAUUCUACUGUUGCUCAGUUUUGACAGUACUCAACCAUGAGCCCUUGCACGGAUCUAAACUAACACUCAUGUUUCCUGCUGCAGUGCAGAACAGGAACAAGACUGAUGUAACCUAAACUUUACCAUUGUGUGUGGAAAUGACUGUGUUGAUGUACUAUGGUAUUUAAGUAAAUAAACAAGUGUAAUUCCUAC